AUGUACGACCAUCACUACCUCUACAGAUACGACAAUAACCACCACAUGUACGACCUUCACCACCUCUACAGAUACGACCAUAACCACUACAUGUACGACCUUCACAACCUCUACAGAUACGACAAUAACCACCACAUGUACGACCUUCACCACCUCUUCAUAUACGACCAUAACCACCACAUGUACGACCUUCACCACCUCUACAGAUACGACAAUAACCACCACAUGUACGACCUUCACUACCUCUACAGAUUCGACCAACCACCACAUUACGACCAUAACCACCACAUGUACGACCAUCACCACCUCUACAGAUGCGACCAUAACCACCACACGUACGACCAUCACCACCUCUACAGAUGCGACCAUAACCACCACAUGUACGACCAUCACCACCUCUACAGAUGCGACCAUAACCACCACAUGUACGACCAUCACCACCUCUACAGAUGCGACCAUAACCACCACAUGUACGACCAUCACCACCUCUACAGAUGCGACCAUAACCACCACAUGUACGACCAUCACCACCUCUACAGAUGCGACCAUAACCACCACAUGUACGACCAUCACCACCUCUACAGAUACGACCAUAACCACCACAUGUACGACCUUCACCACCUCUGCAGAUACGACCAUAACCACCACAUGUACGACCUUCACCACCUCUACAGAUACGACCAUAACCACCACAUGUACGACCUUCACCACCUCUACAGAUACGACCAUAACCACCACAUGUACGACCUUCACCACCUCCACAGAUACGACCAUAACCACCACAUGUACGACCUUCACCACCUCUGCAGAUACGACCAUAACCACCACAUGUACGACCUUCAUCACCUCUACAGAUACGACCAUAACCACUACAUGUACGACCUUCAUCACCUCUACAGAUACGACCAUACCCACUACAUGUACGACCUUCACCACCUCUACAGAUUCGACCAACCACCACAUUUACUGGUGAAGCUGGUGAAGGAUCUCUGUAAAAGUGGGACACGGAAAGCUGAUGGACUAAUGGCAUCUGCGGAUUUCGGAUCUCGGCAGGAUACCAACUGUCGCAGCAGUAAACCAUUGUCAACUGCCAUUUGA